AUGACAUCUGAGAUUGAUUUACUUAGACAAGAAAAUGCUAGAUUUAUGGCUGAGAAUACUGAAUUUAAGAUCAAAUAUGAUAAGGCUAAAAAUGAGAUUAUAAAACUAAGGGCUGAGCUCAGAAAUAGAAUCAAAGAAUUAGAAAA